AUGAAGGGGAUGGAGGCUGCCAAUCGGUGGAUGGAGGAGAAGGGAAGCGGCGGCGGUGUUGAUGGCCUCCCAAGAAGAAGGAAUAAUAAAAGAAUAUUGAAAAUGCCUCCUAAAUAUCUAUCUGGAGCUCAAAAGAGAAAAAUGAAACAAAGGGAGGAAGCAUUAACUCAAAGUCAAGCCGGUGAUAUUAACAAAUAUUUUAUUAGAAGUAGCAGAAUAGAAAGAGAGGAAUUAGGGGAUAAUUUGGUGAUUGAAGAACAAAGCCACAAUGAAAAUGAAGAAUUGGUUGAAGCUGCCAAUUUGAUUGAGUCGAAUGAAAACUUAGAAGAAGACUCUCAACCUGAAAAAUUAAAUUCGACUAUGAAUUUGGAGGAUCCUGGAAAUUGGAAUAACAUUGAUCAAAAAUUGAGAGAUUACUUAAUUGAAAUGAGUCCAAAAAGAGUGAAUGAUUUUUUGUUUCCUAAGGAUAGUAACAAUAGGCAUUUUGAUUCAUCACAUUAUACACGGGUAAUGGCAAAUGGACAAACAUUAGAUAGAAGAUGGCUUGUAUAUUCUAUUUUAUUGGAUAAAAUAUUUUGCUUCUGUUGCAAGUUGUUCAAGACUGAACAAAUGAUGAGUAGAAUGGGGAUUUGGGUAAUGAUGGAUACAAAGACUGGCGUAAUAUGCAUAGAAGUCUUAAACAACAUGAAGCUAGUAGAGACCAUAUGGAUUGCAUGA